GUUCCUUCUUCCCUUCCCUGAAGCCCUCAGGAGUAGCCUUCAAGAUUAUCUUCUGGCUGGGCUACUUCAACAGCUGUGUGAAUCCCAUUAUCUACCCCUGCUCCAGCAAGGAGUUCAAGCGAGCUUUCACCCGUCUGCUCAAGUGCCAGUGUCGGCGGAGGAGGCCCAUCUGGAGGGUUUAUGACCACCCUUGGCGAGGGGCCUCCAUCAACGGCUCCAGCCGCUCCCGGAUCUCCACCCUCAACGGGUCCUUCAUACUGAACUCCCGCAGCUUGGAACGGUCGAGCAAGAGGAGGACUCUGAACUGCAAGAGGUGGAGGAUAUUUUCUCCUUCCCACAAACCCACCAUCCAGCUGAAGGAGAAGAUGAACAGCCUCUCCCACAAGAUUCGUGGGAGCUCCCUCCGGGGCGGCAUGGCGGCUUCCUUCAAAACCGAGGUGGAGUCGGUUUCCAUUGGCAUCCCCAAUGACUUCUUGGAAUGCAUCGACUAUCAAAUGUACGACGAUCUGACAGACUCCGAAUCGUGUGGGCUUAAAGAAACGGAUAUUUGACACAAUGGGGUGGUGUUUUUUUUCUCGAUCCCAUUGGGUUUGUCUCCAUCUUAUAAGUGGACAAAGGCGGGUGCACUCCGUGAGUGAGACAGGUAGACUAACCAAGGUAGUCACAGCCCGUUGGUAGAAAUCCAUGCUUUGCAUACAGAAGAAGGCCCCAUUUUCCCUUUGACCCACAA